AUGGAGAACGCCAGUGAUGUUGUUGCUGAUGAAGUUGUUGUUGUCUUCCCUCAUGCAGAUGUUAUCCCUACUGCUGAGGAUGCCAUCACAAUCUAUGAAGCUAAAGUUGAUGCUGAAGCUGAGGAUGAUGAUGAUGUCGUGAUAGCUUCGACUACUCAAGAAGACCUUCCCCUUACCUCUGCAUUGAAUGUUGGUGAUGAUGAUGAUGAUGAUAAUGAGGAUGAACUUCUUCUACCUGAUGCUGGACAAGAUCUUGGACACCAUGAUGAUGAUGAAGACGACGAAGAUGACGACUUCACCAUCCAAGACCGGUUUAGAAGGGUGUCUCCUUAA